AUGAUCAUUACAGCUAUCAAAUACCUCUACCAGAAGCGGUAUGGCUCAAAGCCUUCCCCGCCAAAGCCGCCCUGUAUACAUCACUCGCAAGGACAUCUAUCCAAGUCCGCUGUCGGUCGUAACAUGGACCUCGAGUUGUCACCACUCGGGUCGACCGCGGACUCAGCUAAAGCUCUCAACCAUACAGAUAUCAAUGAGAAAUGCAGCAUCUGUCAUGAGCGGAAGCGUCAGCAACGCAUGUACCGGCUGCGACUCAUCGCCGGCCUCUCUCUGCCUUUCAUUCUAUCCACAUUAGACCUGACUAUCGUGGCCACAGCGACAACGGUCAUUGCGUCGCACUUUGACAAGUUCGACGAGUUGAACUGGAUCAUCACGGCUUUCAGCCUGACAUCGACGACUUUCAUCCCAAUUUUCGGUCAGCUCGCCGACGUCUUUGGUCGGCAUCUGAUCCUGCAGACGGCGCUCUUUCUCAUGCUUGUCGGGAGUGUGCUGUGUGCGGCGGCGCAGACAUGGGGGAUGCUGCUGCUGGGUAGGGCGUUGCAGGGGAUGGGAUCCGCGGGGCUGGGGAAUUUGGUCAUGAUCAUCCUAGCGGAUAAGGUCUCAUUGAAAGAGAAUGGGAGGAACAAGUCCUUGUUCACUCUUGUUGGGGGUGUAGGGUAUGCCGUGGGGCCCAUAGUGGGAGGGUAUCUAACCCAAACUAACUGGAGAUACUGCUUUGUGAUUCCUAUCCCGAUCACUGUCAUAAGCCAUAUCCUGGUGUAUGUGCUGUUGCGACACGACCUGGUCGAGGGUUCUAUGUUCAAGAAAGGUUCCAGGUGGUCAUCGGUGCUUCCGGCUCUCGCAACCGUAGAUAUUGGAGGAUCGAUCCUCUUUAUAUUUGGGGUGGGGCUGAUCAUCCUUGCGACGACCUGGGGAGGUGCGACCUACUCGUGGUCGUCGUCUCAGGUUCUUGCACCGUUGAUCGUGGGCUCGGUCUGUUUUCCGGCAUUUUUCCUCUAUGAAUAUAUGCUUGAGCCAGGCAGGUUGUGCGCGAGGGUAUUCCCAAGACAUGUUGCGACGCUGCCAUACAGUCUUUUCGAACGGAGAGAUACGAUCUGGCUUGCGAUCUUGACCUUCGCAACGGGAGCAGCGUCCUACUCCAUCUUUUACUUCAUCAGCAUCUAUUACAUUCUCGUGGCAGGAUACUCUACAUCCAAGUCCGGACGCGAACUUUUGUACUACAUCCCGGGCCUAGGAGGAGGCGUCUACGCUGCGGUAUACAUGUGCAACAUCUACCCUCGGCAGACCUUCUUCCCUCUCAGUCUGGGUGCAGUCCUCAGCACCAUCGGUCUGGCGGUGAUUUCCUACGCCAUCAGCGCCAGGGAUACAAGCCUCCUCAGCGGCAUGAUGGUCAUGACAGGGGCGGGAAUUGGAUUACGCCUGGUGUCCUCCUCACUGCACACCGCAGGCAUCUGGCCAGAGAGGAUUGCUCCCGCCAUGUCUCUGAUGCAGGUGUCCUUGCCCUUUGGCGGCACCAUUGGCCUGACCGUCAUGACCAGCGUGUUCAACAACAAGUUUGGCAACUCGGCGGUCAUUCUAGGGCUCAGUAGUGGCGGCACAACGCUGGAUGUGCACGACACGAGUUCUCUGUCAAUGCUGGAUGGGCUGUCUGCUGCUGCGAAGGCGGGGGUACAGCUUGCAGGGAAGGAGGCUAUUAUGUGGGCUUUUGUUGCAAUCCUCCCGAUCAUGGGGGUGAGCUUGUUCGCGGGGCUGAUGAUGGGGAACGUCUGGGUCAAUGUCCAGGGGAAUGAGGGAGAAGAGGCGCGCAGCGAGGUGAUUUAUGUGCCUUAUUUAUGGGCACUGGCGAAGGGCAAUCUGAAAUCAUACAGGCGAAUCAGCACACCAACCUCCGGUCCGCUGAGUGAGUGA